AUGUCGACAGCAACUUUCAUAGAUAUCAUUCUAGCCAUCAUUUUGCCUCCUCUUGGUGUUUUCUUGAAAUAUGGCUGCAAGGUUGAGUUUUGGAUCUGUUUGGUGUUGACGUUAUUGGGAUAUCUUCCUGGAAUAAUCUAUGCGAUAUGGGUUAUUACCAAGUGAUCAUCUACCGUAUUUCAGGUAAAAUGUUGAAAGGACCCCUUCAAUACGUUCAGCUUGGUGAUGAAGAUAGCUCAAUUUCUUAAAUUUCUAGUAUGAUUGAUUAAUUCAAUUGUCAUGUAAACAUUUAGUUAUUUACCUUGUUUAAUCUUCAAUGUAGUGUGAAAAGUAUGUGUUUUUGUUUUCGCAAUGUAUGAAGCUGUUGAGUGAUAUCAUAUGGAUUUCUUCAAGUAA